GCAGCAUGUACAGUCCAGGGCUGAAAACUGGCUGAACUGUCUGACUCCAUUUUAAUUGACUGUUUCUGUGAGAGACGUUGAACCUACAGCAUGGCAUCUGACGAGCUUGCUAAGAAGUUACAGUCGCGACUGGCUGCUGCGGAAGAGGCCGAGCAGAGGCCCGAGACCGAACAGAGUCCGGUUCCGGUCCAAUCCCAGGAACCCGACCAUGGUUGUGGAGAUACGCCGUCCGAGCUGGCGACGAAACUGAACCGCAGGCUGGACAUUAACGACGGAAAUGCUCCUUCUCGGGCGACUCGUGUUUUUAACCCUUACACUGAGUUUAAAGAGUUCUCCCGCAAGCAAAUUAAAGACAUGGAGGCGAUGUUUAAACGGUUUGACACUGGAAGAGAUGGCUUCAUUGACCUGAUGGAGCUGAAGAUACUGAUGGAGAAGUUGGGAGCUCCACAGACUCAUUUGGGCCUGAAGAACAUGAUCAAGGAAGUGGAUGAAGAUUUUGACGGCAAACUGAGCUUCAGAGAGUUCCUGCUGAUCUUCCGUAGAGCUGCAGCUGGAGAGCUGCAGGAGGAGAGCGGCUUGAUGGCUCUGGCCAGGCUGUCUGAGAUCAACGUCUCCACUGAAGGGGUCAUGGGGGCCAAAGACUUCUUUGAGGCCAAGGUUCAGGCUCUGUCCCAGAGCAGCAAGUUUGAAGCUGAGAUUCGAGAAGAAAAAGAAGAACGCAAGAAACAGGAGGUGGAGAAGAAGGAGCGACAAGCUGCCUUCAAGCAGCUGCAGUCGGCCUUCUGCUCAUGACCGCUGCAGCUUCACCUCAAGCAUAUGUGUUGAAAUUUAUAACAAGCUUACCACUCCACUCGCACUGUAAGAAGCAACAUAACUCGGAACAAUAAGGCUUAAAAACCGAAAGGAAAGAUGAAUAAACGCAUUUCAUGCUAAUGUAUUUGAAACUAAAUUUCCUGUGAAAUCACAGGCCACUUUUCCAUAGUUUCUAUAGUUACUGAACGAAACUCUAACAUGCAGAACCAUAGCUUCGGACGCGUACGAUGAUUCCUGAUGUCUUUUAAGUUUCUAUAGACCUCAGUGGCUAAAACUGCAUUUCUGUGAAUUUGUUUGGAACUCUGAAUUAUUUUUAUUCAUCCUUUCUACACUGUGUGCUGCUUGUGAAAUAUGUUUAACAUUCCAGUUUUUUCAGGGUUUGUGUCACCUGAUGAUGUUUACCCUAAACACGUUCCUAAUUUUUGUGUGAAUUUCCCUACCUUAACAUUUCCUACAAAAAAAAAGUGUUAAAAGUUAACGAAGCACUAAAAUCACAUUGUGAGUGUGUUUUUUAACAAACCGCUCCUACAUUUGUUGGAGAAUUAACAAAAUGCGUUUGGCAAUGAUUUAUGUAUAAAAUCUCCUUACUGUCGUAUUUCAUCAUGAGGGAUUUUCUUUGCAUUUAUUAGAACUGAUUUCACCUGUCAGAGAACAUCCCAGGUGUUGAUGAUGCUACACUGCUUUUACUAAAAGUGAUGUUUAAUUCCACAGGUGUUUGAAACUUUUACCUCCUUUAUCUCAGUUUGCUUGAAAUGACUAAAUCCUAGCACAAAGUUUAUCACUCAGGCUCUGUGCUGAACAAUAAGACUGUAUCCCACAUAGUGGUUUCCCUCAACACACAUCUAAUGCAUUUUGUGCACCUACAGCAAUGUGAACAGUAGACUUCAUUUUCAGACUUUAUUUCAGUCAUGCUGAGGAGCUAUCCCAGGGUUACUCUGUGCCCCUGCUUGUGCUUAGACAAGUACAGAAUGACAAGGUCUGUUAGUUUUAGGCUUGAUGUGAAUCAACCUGUGUAUCCUUAUAAUUUGAAAACACAUAUUUCUAUGUUUUGGGCAUGUUUGAAAGAGGCUGUGACUGUAGGCAUGAAUAUUUGGAGUCGUUAACACCUGAUGACAUAAAAGAUUAAAGACGUAAAUAAGUUCUGAGAAGCAGCACAGGUUUCAUUUUUAAAAGCACAAUCAGCAUUUGUUGCACAAUUUAGAAAUGUUUGGUGGAACUAUAAGUAAUUGUUGGGGUUGGAGAAGGCUUCUGACUCACCCAGUCUAGAUUUGGUUGGAGGUCCGGCUCAUUGGUGUGCCGCUGCAAUGAAAGCCAGAUUUCUGCAUGAUUUGUUUUCAGACAAUAGGAGGGGAUCUUUGACCUUUUCUCACAGUAGAUGCUUCAGUUUAUCUGAUGUCAGAUUAUAGAUGACUGCUGAAUUCUAUUUCGUCUUGUGCUUAGUGACCUUCCUGAAGUGGGUUGCAGCUGUCGUUACCUGUGUAUUUGUUGCCAUGACGUCACAAUCUGCUGAAAAUAAAUUCCAUUUCAAUUCCACAGACAAGAGCUGCAAGGUUGUAGUAUUAACUGUAGUGUGUCCAUAGCAACGUGUAACAAUUCCAAACUGAUACUGUUUAAUGUAAUGUUUCCAGUAUUCAUUGUGUAAAUUGAUGUUUCUCUUUUUUCUUUCUUUUCUUUUUUAAGGUUAAAAUCAUCUUCUAUGUUUGAUUUAUCAGAGUUAUAUGAUGCCAAAUAAUAAAGUGGUAAGUGAAAUAUAUUUUUAGGCAAUUGUAAAGAAUAUGUUCUACCCUGUGUGGAAUGAAACAUUUUAACUUUAAUAAAGGAAACUUUAAAUCGUUA